AUGUUCCGCGAUGAAAGCCAAUCAGUCGUGAGAAAGGCACGGGCGGAGGCAAACAGUUCAAGUUCCGUCGGCGUGGCCAAGUUGCCCUCGAAGUCGAAACAGUCGCUAGCGCGACCUGCAUCCCUUUCUCGGAAUCCUAGCUCCCCAAUUACCCCAACUAACGUUCCGGUGGAGUACCAAAUUCCUUUCGAUUUCAACGGAACUUCAGAAUAUGUCGACUUCAAUGGAACUCCAGAAUAUGUCCUGCCGGGUGAAUGGGUCAUCCCCCUGGAGGUUCAGCCUUUGGGUCCAACCAAGGAUGAUGCGAUAUGUUACUUCAUGCACUCCCAUGCUUUCCCGGGCGCAUUUUGGACCACAGAUCUUAUGACCAAAUUCUUAUUACAGUCCGGGGGGCCGUUGAGUCAGAGUGCUAUGCAGGCAAGUAUGGGCGCUGUCUCAAUGGCUAUGUUAUCCCGUGUUAAAAAAGUGCCGCAACUUAUGCAUACGGCACAAAAAGAAUAUGCCACAGCAUUGACGCUGCUAAAUGAUGCAUUGACUAGGCCAGAUGAGGCUAGGUCCAAUCAAGCGCUCGGGGCGGUCGUGCUGCUUGCCAUAUACGAUGUUGUUACUUCCAGGGCCCCACAGGACAUCAACCUGUGGACCAGACAUAUAAAUGGAGCCACAGCUCUUCUGGAGAUGCGCGGUCCUGAACAACUCAAGACUGAAACCGGCCUUCGUCUAUUUAUGCAUCUACGGUAUCAAAUUGUUGUCAGCUGUAUGCAACGAAACGCCCGAGUCCCCGAGUCCUUGUUGGAGUGCUCGAGGUUUAUCCUAGAUCUCCGCCCGAACGAGGCCUAUGCGAACCGAUUGAUCAUCAUCAUCGGUCGGCUUUCCAAUUUACGGUCCGAUGUCAUCUCAGGCAGACUGACCGACGAUCAACAAAUUAUCACGGGGUCAUCGGCCAUCGAAGCCGAUCUGAUCUCUUGGCUCGCCGGCUUGCCGCCCGUUUUUUCCUACGAAGUUCAUAAGAAGGACCGUUUCGACUACAAGUUCCAAGCACGAUGUCGAGGCCUGCCCUUAUACGACGAGCACUACCAUGUAUAUCCCAAUCUCUGGGCUUGUAAUUCAUGGAACCAAUACCGCUGUGCUCGAAUAAUCGUCAGCAAGAUGAUUCUAGAGAACAUCCGACAAAUGACCGAAUCGUCCUCGUUGAAGCACUUGUCGGAAGAAUUUCGACAGCAAUGCCAGGCUCUCCGUGCAACAAUCCAUCGCCUUGCUGUUGACAUCAGCCGCAGUGUGCCCUUCUGCAUUGGUGUGCAUCAUAAAAGCCUCGAUCCAACCUUGCCACCGCCAGACAGCUAUCUAGGUGGCACGAUUCUGUUGUGGCCAUUGUACCUGGCUGGAACUGCAGAAGGUCCAACUCACCCGCUUCGUCGGUGGGUGGUACAGUGUCUACGUAUGCUCGGCAACACUUUUGGGUUGGACCAAGCUUUAGCCGUGGGGGAUAUUGUCGCCUCGGAUCCGGGGAUUCUGCCUGGUGGUACUGAAGAAGAGCAGAGCCGCUUUACUGAGGAGGAGGCCGUUUACGAGACUCCGACCUCGCAACCGGCCAUCCAGAUAGAUGAUUGGUCUCCCCUUCAACCAUCCGGCUUAAUGGAAAUUUGA